AUGGUACCAGAAUUUUCUUUACUAAAUACAGAUAAGACAUUAUAUAUUGAUAACGUUCCAGAUGCAUUUUAUCGUGCUAUGCAGACAGAUUCAUCAUUACUUGUAAUUAUACAAAAUAAAUUAACAAAUAAUAAUAUUCUAAUUAAUGAUUUAACAAAAUUUAAUAUGAACUCAAUUAUAAUUCAAUUAUCAUAUAAUACUACACAAUUAGAAUAUUUUAAAAAAUUAUUCCCAAAAUUAAAUAGUUUUAAUGAAAAUAAUACGAAUCUUAUACUUAUAAAAGAUUCAGAUAUUUUAAAUAAUUGGGAUUUAACAAAUCAUUCAUGGUUAUCAAUUGAACAAUAUUUAGAGAGCUAUUUCCGUACUGAUAAUAAUAAUUCUAAAACAAUAGCACAGCAAACAUUUCAACCAUCACGUUUAAAUUAUGAUGAAAUGGAAUUGAUUAGAAUUAAAAAAUUAAUUUAUCAAGAUAAAAGAGAAAAACAUUUUGAAGUAAUUUAUAAAGAUAAUAACAAUAAUAAUAAUAUUAAUCGUUGUACAAAUAGUAAUAAAGUUUCAAAAAAUUAUAAUAAUAGUAGUAAAGGGAAAAAUCAUACCCUACGCAUUAAACUUGAUGAUGCAUCAACUAUUGUUCAUACUUUUAAUUCAUGUACUGAUAGUUUAUUGACUGUUAAAAAAUAUAUUGAAAUUGUUACAGGUAAACCAAUUCCAAUAGAUUUUUCAUUUCAUAACGUUUUACCAAAGAGAAAAUAUACAAAACAAGAAGAAUUGCAAUCGUUGAAUUCUUUAAAUUUAAUAACAAAAUCUUCACUUUAUUUAUUUAAAAAUAAAGAAUAUAUUAGAGAAUUAAGAAGAUCAAGAGACGCUUCACAAGAUUUUAAAUAUAUUAAUAUUUGCAUUAGUAAAAUUAAAAGCUUACUUCAAUUUAUGCGUUUAAUUAAAAGAGAAACAACAAUUGGAUCUCCAACUCAUAAUAUGAAUUCAAAAUAUUCAUUAAGUAAUAAUGUAAGACACGGUUCAUCGUGCCCAUUUAAUGAUCAUUUACCAUAA